UAAGCGUCCAAGGUACAAAUAGUUCCUGCAGGGAAAAAUAGAAACCCUUCAUGGGUGAGGGGAUAAAUGUGAAGCAACCUCGUCAGAUUUAGACAGCUGCUUCGUGUGCGUGUUUCAUCAAAGAGCGGAAGAAGACGGCUACAAAAACUCGCUUGUUUCCUUCAGCAGCAUGGCAGAGCCGCAGAGAAAAGGAGAACUGCUGCCCGAAGAUGUUGGUACAGAUGACUGCCUGACUUCAUACACGCACAUCUACAGUCCAGAUUUACUAAAGGAUCAGGUUGCUUUCAUCACAGGAGGGGGAUCUGGAAUUGGACUCAGGAUAGCUGAAAUCUUCAUGAGGCAUGGGUGUGACACAGUGAUUGCCAGCAGGAACAUGGACAAACUCAAAGAGGCAGCUCAGAAGCUGUCUGCUGUGUCAGGAUGCCGCUGUCUCCCUUUGUGUGUAGAUGUGAGGCAGCCUGAGAGCAUCGCAGCAGCUGUGGAUGAGACACUGAAACAGCUGGGCCGUAUAGACAUCCUCAUUAACAAUGCUGCUGGAAACUUCCUCUGCCCAGCCACUGCACUCUCCUUCAAUGCCUUCAAGACAGUAAUGGAGAUAGACACUAUGGGUACAUUCAACACCAGCAAGGUGGUUUAUGAGAAGUGGUUCAAGGAUCACGGUGGCAACAUUGUAAACAUCUCUGCAACCCUCGGAUACAGGGGGCAGGCCCUCCAGGUGCAUGCUGGCUCUGCGAAGGCUGCAAAUGAUGCCAUGACCAAACAUUUGGCUGUGGAGUGGGGGCCCAGUGGGGUGAGAGUCAAUGCUGUGGCUCCUGGUCCUAUCUCUGGCACAGAAGGAUUCCGCAGACUAGGUGGCCUUAGAGUGGAGGCCGCUGGCGUCUUCCAGUCCAUUCCUUUGCAGCGAGCAGGCAACAAGACAGAGAUGGCUCACUGCACUCUUUUCUUGGCCAGCCGGGCAUCCUCCUACGUGACUGGAGCCAUCCUAGUGGCGGAUGGUGGGUCGUGGUUGACCUCCGCCAAUGACGUCUCCAUGCUGUUGGGUAUAGCCUCCUCUAAAUCCGCUAAACUCUGAACAAGGGCUCUCCUGUCCUCCUCCUGACCCAGGUUAUUGGUCAUCUGAAAAGAAAAGAGACAAGUAAAUGCUGAAAACAAAAGAGUAAUUUAGGGGCCCACCCACAGCUGUCUCUCAAGAGAGUAUUGCAAAGUGGUUGGAAGAGCUGAACACUAACAUACAAUACUUACUGUAUUAUAUGUGUUCACAAUCUUAGUAGUGGAUCAACCUGCAUAACAAUUCAGGGAUUUUUCACCUGCUACAGUGCUGUGUAUUACCAUCAUGCAUUUCAUGUACGGUUGUUUUUACCACAUGCCAUUUCAUGUGGUUUUUCAGUACCUCUCUUUUAUUAAUAAAACUUU